GUGACUCGGGGAUAAUUUACUGCCUGUCCAGGCGGGAAUGCGACAUAAUGGCUGACACGCUGCAGAGAGAUGGCCUUGCUGCUCUUGCUUAUCAUGCUGGCCUUAGUGACUCUGCCAGGGACGAGGUGCAGCACAAAUGGAUUAAUCAGGAUGGCUGCCAGGUCAUCUGUGCCACGAUCGCGUUUGGAAUGGGAAUUGACAAGCCCGAUGUGCGGUUUGUCAUUCACGCCUCACUCCCUAAGUCUGUGGAGGGCUACUACCAGGAGUCCGGCAGAGCUGGAAGAGAUGGGGAAAUGUCUCACUGCCUGCUUUUCUACACCUACCACGAUGUGACCAGACUGAAGAGACUCAUCAUGAUGGAGAAAGAUGGAAACCGUCACACAAGAGAGACUCACUUCAAUAACUUGUACAGUAUGGUGCACUACUGUGAAAACAUAACAGAGUGCAGGAGGAUACAGCUUUUGGCUUACUUUGGUGAACAUGGAUUUAACCCUGACUUUUGUAAAAAGUACCCAGAUGUUUCUUGUGACAAUUGCUGUAAAACAAAGGAUUAUAAAACAAGAGAUGUUACUGGUGAUGUGAAGAAUAUUGUAAGAUUUGUUCAAGAACACAGUUCAUCACAAGGAACAAGAAAUAUAGGUCCUUCUGGAAGAUUUACUCUCAACAUGCUGGUAGACAUUUUCUUGGGGAGUAAGAGUGCAAAAAUCCAGUCAGGUAUAUUUGGAAAGGGAUCUGCAUACUCACGACACAACGCUGAAAGACUUUUCAAGAAGCUGAUCCUGGACAAGAUCCUGGAUGAGGACUUGUACAUCAACGCCAGUGACCAAGCGAUCGCCUACGUGAUGCCGGGGGCUAACGCCCAAGCCGUCCUGAAUGGACAGAUAAAGGUAGACUUCAUGGAAACAGAAAAUUCCAGCAGCAUGAAAAAACAAAAAGCUUCAGUGGCCAAAGUAUCUCAGAGGGAAGAAGUGGUUAAGAAAUGCCUUGGCGAGCUUACAGAGGUCUGCAAGUCUCUGGGGAAAGUUUUUGGUGUCCAUUACUUCAACAUCUUUAACACAACCACCCUCAAAAAGCUUGCAGAAUCUUUAUCUUCUGACCCUGAGGUUUUGCUUCAAAUUGAUGGUGUUACUGAAGACAAGCUGGAGAAGUAUGGUGCAGAAUUGAUUCCAGUGUUGCAGAAGUACUCUGAGUGGACGUUGCCAGUUGAGCACAGCUCCCCAGGCUUGAGCUUGUCGGGCAGCAGAGGCUCAGGAAGGAGCGCCCUGAAGGAGCCUGACGGUGAAGAGCCCAUAUCUUCUCACUAUUUUGCAAAUCCAACCAGAAAUGAAAGAAAGAGGAAGACGACGUCAGCCUGCCAAAAGCCUAAGAGGAGGAGAACUAGUUACAGUGGCUUCAGGGCAAAGGGGGUGUCUACCACAUAUAGAAAGACGUCUUCCAAAAGCCAGUCCUCCAGUGCCAUCGGAUCGGGUCUGGCCUCGCGUGGGCCUCAGGCAGCAUCGGGAGCCAGUAGAAAACUGGGCAUAAUGGCUCCUCCAAAGCCUGUGAAUAGGCCGUUCCUGAAGCCUUCCUAUGCACUCUGCUAA